AUGCUGCUAGAGUUGAGCGUAGAUGUACUCAAGACAAAAGAAACGAUUGUAAGCAUCUUUACUAAAGAUCUCUGCAAUUGAUAUUUCAUUAAGGAUCAAUAAUGGUGCAAUUUUAAUCUCUCCCUUAUGCAUGAUAUUAGCAAACACAAUAAGCCGAAGGAACCAAUGAAAGAUAUCUUCAAUAUAAUAAAAAAGGUUCUAACGCACCAUGGAGUCAUUUAAGUCUAUCCAAUGGAAUCGAAAAUAAGGAAAAUCAAGUUCUCUUCCCGUUUGGGUAGAGCAGCAUUAAAGAUUUUGGUGCUAAGGGCUGGGAGGCAAGUUAGGAAUGGACGGGAAAUCUUCUUCUUUGAGUUCUAGACUUCUAGAGGACUGGAGUACCACGAACGCGUUCUUCUUAACUGUAUAUAAAAAGGGUUGUAAAGGGACAGCCUUCGCUAUUUCUACAAAAAGGGGAUAAGUACCAAAGUGAAAAAAAUUUUAAAUUGACCAUUUUUUGUAACAUUUUACUGUCCUGCCUCAAUUGUAGGAAAAAAGAUGGGUAAAUGACAACUACCAGACGGCUUCCGUAGAGUCAAUAGUAACACCUAUCCAACAAUUACAGGCUACGAAGAAAACUACGGUGAGAGACAUAUCAUACUCAUUUACUUCUUUGCCAGUGAAACGAUGCUCACUUUCAGUCACCUGUUUGUUAUUUGUGUAAACCAUGUACCCUUUCCCUCGAGACUCGCCACUAACCAAAUUCUGGUUUUGCAUCAUGAAAUUUAGAUCGACUUUUUCCUCCGAGGUUUUCAUUUGAAACAUUUCGUUUUUCUUCUUACAUGGCGAGGGAAAAAUCACAAUAAUAUCGGAGACAGGGAAUAAAAAACCGGAAAAUGAAACAAUGGUGAGACACAGAUACGAAGUGAUGGAUGGUAGCAUUUUUAUCAUUCUUAAAUCUUCAGAAAACAUUAAGGGAAGGCAAACCCCGCAGACGGCUGAUCUUCAGUCCCUAGUGCCUGGAGAUAUUGGGAAAAAUUUCAUAGCGAGAGGCUAUCCCCUUCCGGAGCUUGGCCUCUGUUCAACAAUUCUAAUUUCAGUGUUUUUCCUUUGCAGCCUCAAAGCACUUUAGAAGUGAACUACCGUAUUUUGAAAGUGUUCCUGCCACUCAUAAGAACGUUGAAAAGGCAACUCAGUGCUUUCUCAGUGGCUAGAGAUGUAACGCAUCAGCUUCAGGAAAUUAGGUGGAAAGUUGAAAAUACAAUGAUUUUUGUUCGGGCGAUUCAAAAUGCAUUGAAGGUAUGACAAUCAAAAUCUUGGUUAAAAUUAUCUAUUAAGGAAUUACUUGCAGAUAACGGGCCUGUCCACUCUGUGAAGAUGAAGACUUGUCGAGCAAAAUGUUCGCUCGAAUUCCCGGUUUUCUGUUCUUGUAGCAUGCUGUUUGCACGACUUUUUCUUUCAGUGCUAAGAAUAUGAAGUUGCAUUGAGUUUAAUGUAAACCAAACUGUUUCCUUCUUUUUUGAAGCCUGGCCAGCCGCAAACAUUAAGUCUUCGCCCCAGCACGACCGCUGUCAGUAACUCAACUCUCAACUCAGUUAGUGGUGUUCCGAUUGUUGUCCAGACCCCAACAACAGCUGCACCCUCGGCCAUAACACUUAAUGGAGUUGCUGUGAAAGCAUCCGCUAUGCUGGAAGAUUUUUACACUGAAAUUGUCGUAAUGCAAGUGGACCUUGUAAAAGUAACAAAGAUCUUGUGUCCUUAG